CAGCAACAUCAAAACUACCUGUAAAACCUAGGGCAUUCAGGGCUCAACUACCCUGUAAGCUCUGGUCAGUAGGAAGCCACAAACUCCUUUUCAUAAACAAUGGAAAACUCAUUCCCAGAUGAGAAUUCCACAUGAGGCAUGUCACAGAACAGGGCCCUUCUGAGCCAUAUUUUUCUGUGUAGAACUAAUGAGAGAACCUUUUGUCAACUCUCUGCACAGCGACUCAUCCCCAGAGCAUCAUGUGCCCUGUAAAGAUAGGUGUUCAAAGCCUAUAUUCUUAAAACCUAACCUAUAGCACAGCGAAUGCCAGCUGGUAACCAGCUCUUGAGUCCCACUUCAGUUUCCACAUCCCCCUGCCCCUCAACACGAUGAAACACCAAGUGUUUGUUCUAAUGUUAAACACCAGCUAUGAUUUUAAAAUACCUUUAGGUCAUACCUACAAAUAGGAAAACAGUGACUCAGAGCCAGAAGUGCCCCUUCUCAUCAGACUCAGAGUAUCCCAAGGUGAAAUAAAGGGUGGGUUAGAUUUGUUAUAGCUUUUUUCUCUUUUUUUUGGUCAACUAUUCAGUGUUGCUGUUCAUUAUUUUUUCUAUCCUUUUGAAAGCUUUAAAGCCUCCCUGCAUAACUGCCUCUGCUCCAUUCACUGCUGAGUGGACGGUGCGCUGAUCUUUUUCUCGGUGGGUAAUGGAUUUGGUUUGAUUGCUUGACACAGGAACAAUAGAGGGAUAAACAAUUGCAUUCGCGCCCGUGCAGCUCCCCAUCUGUUGAGCGUGUGCGCCUUCAGAGGGAGCCAGGCAGGGACAGAUGAACACGCCAGCCGAGCCUGAUGUUAAUGACAUCAGUCAUACAAGCAGAACAUGUGGCACAAUAAAUCAAAACCUAAUUGAACUUUUGCUUGAUUACAUUGCCAUCCCACUGCCCGUUUCAAACACGGUGCCGUUUCCUGGGACAAUACCCCCGGCCCUGCAGUGGUUUUGCUGCCUAUGGGAGGUGACAAGUGAUAUCAGCUUUUCUUCAUUCAUUUCUUCCUUGAAACAGUUAUGCCUUCCACUCAAACAAAAUGCUUCCAUGCUCAGGAUGUGUAUUUGACCAAUAUUUAUUAUUUCAAAUAAGAAACAUUACAUGGAUAAGACAGUGAGGCACAUGUUCGCUGGCACUUUCCAUCUGGGACUGUUGGUGGCAGACGUCUAUAGGAGAAGACAGCACUAGUUUUUGUGUUAAUUACACACACGUGCUAGUAAUGAAGGCUAUUCAUUAGACUGAUAUAAUUUAAUAUCGUUAUUCACACUUGAAAGUAUUUCUGCUACAUCAGCUGCUGGAGCCCAUGAGCCAGUAUUUUCUAUCCUAGGUGUCCAUGGCAGCAGUGAGUCACCAGAAUUUGGGGGGGCUGAUUGUCAUAAAUGGGGAAGAGAACAGUUUCUGAUGGGAGCAUUAAGGAAUAAAAAGCUUUGGCAGCAAGACCCUUUAUUGAGGUGCAUAAAUAUGGACUUAGGCCCCAGAACCUAAGUCAUGUAGGAACCCAUCUAUGACUAAGCCACCUGCCCUCCCUCUGCAGCCACUGAAGCAGGGAUGCAUAUAGACAUAUGCAUGCCUGCCUGACAAGCCCUUCCUUAGUCAAGUGCAUUUGAAAUUGCAGAUGACUAAAGAAGAUCAGGGUUCAGGUGUAAGUCUAUGAACUUAAAAGGUAAAACACAAAAUGCUUUUCUUAAUAUGCUCAGAAUCAGCUCCUCAUUAUAUGGGAGGAGCAAUUUUUACAACAAAUGUGUUAAAGUACACAAAGUAUUAACCCAGCUUAUUUUAAAACUUCUGUCAGUGUUUAUUUGCCCAUACAUUGGCUGCACAGAAGAGACUUUAAUUAUUAGCCAUUUAUUGCAGAGGAUUCUCCAAAUGGGUAAAAGGAGACGUGAAAUAAAAUGCUCUUAUCUGAGUAGAUGCUUAAGUAACAGCUAAAUUAAAUCUUUGCAUUAAUAGUAUUCAUAGAAAGGCAGAUGGGAGCAGAAAAUGUUGCGAUGAAGAAUAUGGAAUGAGAUGAGAUCACAGCAUCAGUCUGUCCUUUGUAGAUCUGGACAAUGAUCACAGAGCCAGAUUGGAUUAGUGAAACCUAUUUACCAGAAGUUCAGAGCGGUUGCAUGAAGCAGAAAGGCAGUCAGUAGGGAGAGGUGGAAAAUGCACCAGAUUUACAGCUGCAGCGACGAGAAUUUAGAAGUUUUCACCACUGUGAUUUCAUCCAAAUCAUGUAGUCCUGCCCGAAGACGAGCCAAAAGUACGCAGCACAUCCUAACAAAGAGUGUGGUAGCCAUAUCCAACCACCGGCCCCACAGGACCGAGAAGCUGCAUCCUCACCAGGGUGACCUCCUCCAGGUGCUGUACAACGGAGACGAGGUGCAGGGCUUGGGCUGCCUGCAGAGCGGGCAGCAGGGACCCUGCCCUGCCAAAGGUGCUGCCCAGCACGUGGGAGUUACUGAACGAGAAUCAUCCAAGUCCUGUAAUCACCCAUUGGAUGGAAAAUCUUUGAUUCCACCAUCGCCAGUUGCCCACAUCACUGUGAAAGCGGUGGCUGUCACAGAUUCACCCACAGGCAACAGCACUUCCAUGGAACAUCACCGGCAGCACUGGAGGAAGGCAGCAGAGUACGACCUGACCCUGCCCCCAGGAGCAGAAGCUUCCCUACCACUGACAGGAGGCAACCUGUGCGGGACGCCCAGCCUCCUGAGGAAGAUGUGGAUGAAGCACAAGAAGAAGUCAGAGUACCUAGGGGCAACAAACAGUGCCUUUGAGGCAGACUGACAAGGCUCAGCAUCACUUGGAAGGACAGAAGGUCCUUUAGCCAAGGACAAGGUGCUCUAAGAUCAAUGAAGGAACAGACACAGCACAACUCAUCCAAGAAAACUAUAUCCUUUUUGUUACUUGAUGCCAUUGCCUCAUAACAGUGGGAGGAAGUCCAACUAAGGUAAAAAUGAUGAACAUGAUGCAACUCACUGGCCUUUCUUUGUUGCAAUAUACUAAAAUCACAAAUAUCCCGCUAGAUUUACAUCUUGACUCAAUGAUGCUGAAACUACUCCCAGCCCAUUCACCAUUUUACAUAUCCUUUCUGAAUCAGCUUGGACUUGCAACAGGAAAAGCCUACCAAUAGGUUUGUGUAUUCCUGCAAUGCAACAGAUUGAUUAUGGAGUGCCAUUGAAUACCCUCAGUCUGCUCGCUGUGUAGCACUUCUUGUCCUCUUCCCCCUCUCAUAUCAUGAGAUAAAACCCACAUCUUAUGAUACGCUUGGUUGAAUGACAUACACUAAACGUAUUUCUUUUUUCUACAGUGUUGAUGUUUCACGACAGGAGUAAAAGAUGCAAAAAUUGUAACAGAAAGUGUCAGAACGCAGCAAGUUUGCAAACACACAUUUACCAAACUUUGCUAUGUGACAGGUGAUCGGUGUUUCAAAGUGUCCUGACAGAUCAAACUGUGAGCAAUUGGAUAACCUCGAGAUACUGUCUUCCACAGAACCUGCUUACAUGUUAAGUGGUAGUCAGAAACUUACUCUCUACCUAUGUGGUACAGGAAUUUCACUAAGUGCGCAACAUACUAGGAGGAAAGAAAAUAUGCAAAUGGUGCAACUAGGUGACUGAAAGUGAGAUAUUUGCAUAUAGAAGACCAGUGCUUAUGGAUAGAUGGAAUUCAUGGAAUUUGCUGUAAAAUCUUUCUCAACUUCUUUUUUUUAAGUUUAGAAAUUGCAGGUCAUGGCCCAUUGGGAUUUUCUCUUACAACAGAAAAAGUUUCACAGGAAAGAUUUCAUUGUCAUUACGGACAAUAUUUUGUCAGUCAUGAACAGUACUUGCCUCGCCUGAGUACUCCUCUCAUUAUUAAGGAAGGCUGUGGCUUGCCUAAAUACAGACUUUAAAUAUAAAACUGAAGGAGGCAUUUCUCCUGUUGCUCACGAUAAUGAUGAUCUUUUGUAAUGUAACUGCCAGUACACCAAAGUAUAAAUGAAAAAUGAAAAAAGUCUUCCUCUAUAAGAGAAGCACAGGAGCAAAGCUCCCAUCUGAAACUUGCUUGCCUGCAGCCAGCAUAGUAAAAUGGUUUGGAAGGGACCUUGAAGAUCACCCAGUUCCAACUGGGCUGCUAUGAACAGGGACACCUUUCACUACACCAGGUUGCGCCAAGCCCCAUCCAACCUGGCCUUGAACACUGCCAGGGAUGGGGCUGCCGCAGCUUCUCUGGGCACCCUGUGCCAGUGCCUCACCACCCGCACAGUCACAGUCUUCUCCUUCAGAGGUGCUCAAACAGCUCACAGAGGACAGCCUUGCAGCUAGAAAUCCCAGUCUCUCCCCUCCUGCUUACCAAAUGCAGAAAUCCUUCUCCGCCGCAGCAGCCUGACAGAGGGAUGAUCUGCUCUCCUGCUUUCCUUUCAUCCUUCUGGGAAAGGAGAACACAGCUCCUCGUUACCCACAUGCUAAAAGCCCCCAGCUGCUGGCAAGGCAGGGAGAAGAGGCAAUGGUGACCCUGCACUGACCAUGUCAGCAUGCAAGAGCAGUGCUGACUCCUGCUGAAGGCUGCACACAUGAACAUCACCAGAACAGUUUUCUCCCAGGGGUAUACCCCACCCUUAAAUCAGAGCCUGACACGCUGGCCCUGGGUAAUAGUACAGACACUGUGGCCUUGCCAACAUCAGGUCCUCCAUGACUGAACCAAACUGGAGCCAUGGCCAAGACUUCCCUGAAAUGUCUAUUAUAAAUCUCACCAGCCACACAACACCCUCUCCCCAGCCCCAAUAAAUUCUUCCAGAAGCCUUGGCCUUUAGGUUCAUGCUAUUUUUAUGCAUAUCGAUAAACCCAAUAAAUUCAGUGGAACUACUUCCUUGCACAGAAAUGCAUGCGCGCACAUGAGGAGUAGGGAGGAUAGUAAUUGCCAGUUCCUUUUUUUGGUCUAAUUCCCUAAACAAAUGAAAAAUAAAUAAGACAGGCAGACACUGGGAAAAGUCUAUUUGCUGAAUUAGGGGUAAUUAAGAAAGCGACCAUUUGCGCUACUUGCCCUUAUAGCUAAUGUGACCUAUAGAGCACCCAACACACAGUCCAGGGCAGCAAGAGUUUUGUCUGUUGAGAAAGCUGUAUCAUAGUAUUUCAUUUGUUAAUUACUAGUUUUAAGCAGUAGGAGGAUGGAGGCAAAGAGAAGAUGAUUCAUGUUUCUACCUAAUAAUUGCUGUAUCUUGAAAUGUGUAUUUAUGGUUUUCUUAUUUAUUUAAUUUAUACUUUGGAUCUACAAGAGGAGAGAUUUACAUGAAGCAUAUUUAGUUUCUCUGUAUUCCAGGAACCGCUGUGGAGAUUUCUUGUACUGUAGUAGAUACUUGUUUUAUUGAUUUGACUAAAAUAUGUCCUAUUCAUAAAAAAAAUAAAUAAAAGAAACAAGUAGCAUGUGGUAACA